GACUCGGGCCGCAGCCGUCGCCGCCACCGCUUCACGUCCCCCGAGGGCGGCUGCCGUGCAGCGGGGAGAGCGGACGGCGGGCGGGCGAACAGGCGGGAGAGCGCGGCGGCGGCUGCGGGCAGAGGUGGAGGGAGGGGAGCAGGAGAUGGGGAGAGGGGGGAAAGAGGACGCGGGGAGGGAGAUGAGGGGGAGGUGAGGGGGAGGCGGAGGGACAAGUGGAAACAGACGGUGUCGCCGUUCUCCUCCUCCCCCCCCUCCCCGGCAGCUGUUGCUGUGGGUCACUCGCAGAUGUUUUGGGGUCCGGGCUGCUGGGGGAUGGGGACUAGAAAAAGUACCCCCCUCCCCGCCUUUCAUAGUGACAAAAAAGGAAGCGUUGAAGCUGAUGGGGGAAGAGCCCGGAAGGUGGUGGCAGAGUAAAUACCGGCUCCCCCAACGUCGUUUUUCUGAAAAUAAAAUACUCUGAGCCGAACGUUUCGAAGAAGGAAAGUCCGCCCUUAAGAGAGAGACAGAGUCUUGUGUUUAAAAUGAAGAAGUUUAAUUUCCGAAAAGUUUUGGAUGGCUUAACUGCCUCCUCCCCUGGCAGUGGUAGCAGCAGUGGCAGUAACAGUGGUGGUGGGGCUGGAAGUGGUUCCGUACAUCCGGCGGGGACUGCAGGGGUUCUCAGAGAGGAAAUUCAGGAAACUUUGACUUCGGAGUAUUUCCAGAUUUGCAAGACAGUUCGGCAUGGUUUUCCUCAUCAGCCCACAGCAUUAGCCUUUGAUCCAGUUCAGAAAAUCUUGGCUAUUGGGACGAGAACAGGUGCUAUACGAAUACUCGGGAGACCUGGUGUUGAUUGCUAUUGCCAACAUGAAAGUGGUGCAGCUGUCCUACAGCUCCAAUUUUUGAUCAAUGAGGGUGCCUUGGUCAGUGCAAGUUCAGAUGAUACACUUCAUUUGUGGAACCUUAGACAAAAAAGGCCAGCCAUACUCCAUUCUCUUAAAUUUAACCGGGAACGAAUUACUUACUGUCAUCUACCUUUCCAGAGUAAAUGGCUUUAUGUUGGAACAGAAAGAGGAAAUACACAUAUUGUAAAUAUUGAAUCUUUCAUUCUUUCUGGAUAUGUUAUCAUGUGGAACAAGGCAAUUGAACUAUCCACUAAGACUCAUCCAGGUCCAGUUGUACAUUUAAGUGAUAGCCCAAGAGAUGAAGGCAAACUGCUAAUAGGUUAUGAAAAUGGUACUGUAGUAUUCUGGGACUUGAAAUCUAAAAGAGCAGAACUGAGAGUUUAUUAUGAUGAGGCUAUUCAUUCAAUUGAUUGGCAUCAUGAGGGCAAACAGUUCAUGUGCAGCCAUUCAGAUGGUAGUUUGACUUUAUGGAACCUGAAAAGCCCAAGUCGCCCUUUCCAGACCACAAUUCCACAUGGAAAAAGUCAAAGAGAAGGAAGAAAAUCUGAAUCUUGUAAACCAAUUCUUAAAGUAGAAUACAAGACCUGCAAAAACAGCGAACCAUUCAUAAUAUUCUCUGGUGGGCUGUCCUAUGACAAAGCUUGUAGAAGACCAAGUUUAACCAUCAUGCAUGGAAAAGCAAUUACAGUACUUGAAAUGGAUCAUCCUAUUGUUGAAUUUCUAACUUUAUGUGAAACGCCCUAUCCAAAUGAAUUUCAAGAACCCUAUGCUGUCGUGGUACUUCUGGAGAAAGAUCUCAUUGUAGUUGAUCUGACACAAAGCAAUUUUCCAAUCUUUGAAAAUCCAUAUCCCAUGGACAUUCAUGAAUCACCAGUUACAUGCACAGCAUACUUUGCAGAUUGUCCUCCGGAUUUGAUUCUAGUACUGUAUUCUAUAGGAGUCAAGCAUAAAAAACAAGGAUACAGUAAUAAGGAGUGGCCAAUCAGUGGAGGAGCUUGGAACCUUGGAGCACAAACAUAUCCAGAAAUUAUUAUUACUGGUCAUGCAGAUGGAUCAAUAAAAUUUUGGGAUGCUUCUGCAAUAACUCUGCAGAUGCUGUACAAACUAAAAACUUCAAAAGUGUUUGAAAAACAGAAGGUAGGAGAAGGAAAACAAACAUGUGAAAUUGUAGAGGAAGACCCAUUUGCCAUUCAGAUGAUUUACUGGUGUCCAGAGAGCAGAAUAUUCUGUGUAUCAGGAGUCUCUGCAUAUGUCAUAAUUUAUAAAUUCAGCAGACAUGAAAUUACAACAGAAAUAGUGUCAUUAGAGGUACGACUUCAGUAUGAUGUUGAAGAUAUUAUUACCCCUGAACCAGAAACAAGUCCUCCGUUUCCAGAUCUCUCAGCCCAGCUUCCUUCUUCAAGGAGUCUUUCUGGGAGCACUAACACUGUUGCUAGUGAAGGAGUAACAAAGGACAGUAUUCCAUGCCUCAAUGUGAAGACACGGCCAGUGCGAAUGCCUCCAGGAUAUCAAGCAGAACUUGUUAUUCAAUUGGUGUGGGUAGAUGGUGAACCUCCACAACAGAUUACUAGUCUUGCUGUAAGCUCAGCAUAUGGAAUAGUUGCAUUUGGGAACUGCAAUGGGUUGGCUGUGGUGGAUUUUAUACAGAAGACAGUACUGUUAAGCAUGGGGACCAUUGACCUAUAUAGAUCAAGUGACUUAUACCAGCGACAACCACGGUCUCCUCGAAAAAACAAACAGUUCAUUGCAGGUUUAACUGAACUGAAUGACAGUCCAGUUCCCCUAGAACUUGAGCGCUGCAAGUCUCCUACCUCAGACCAUGUAAAUGGACACUGCACAAGUCCAACUUCUCAGAGUUGCAGUUCUGGAAAACGUCUUUCUAGUGCCGAUGUUUCAAAAGUAAAUCGCUGGGGUCCUGGAAGACCACCAUUUCGAAAGGCCCAGUCAGCAGCCUGCAUGGAGAUUUCUUUACCAGUUACAACAGAAGAAAACCGAGAAAAUUCCUAUAAUCGUUCUAGAAGCUCUAGUAUCUCCAGUAUUGACAAAGAUUCUAAAGAAGCAAUUACAGCACUAUACUUCAUGGACUCCUUUGCACGGAAAAAUGACUCUACCAUCUCUCCUUGUCUGUUCGUUGGAACCAGUCUGGGAAUGGUGUUAAUCAUCUCCUUAAACCUACCAUUAGCAGAUGAACAAAGGUUUACAGAGCCAGUCAUGGUAUUGCCAAGUGGUACAUUCCUCUCAUUGAAAGGAGCUGUGCUAACAUUCUCCUGUAUGGACCGAAUGGGUGGAUUAAUGCAACCGCCAUAUGAAGUUUGGAGGGAUCCAAACAACAUAGAUGAAAAUGAAAAAUCUUGGAGAAGGAAAGUGGUAAUGAACUCAUCUUCUGCAUCCCAAGAAAUAGGAGAUCAUCAGUAUACAAUAAUCUGCUCAGAAAAACAAGCCAAAGUCUUCUCACUGCCUUCUCAGACUUGCCUUUAUGUUCAUAACAUCACGGAGACAUCUUUUAUACUGCAAGCAAAUGUGGUGGUCAUGUGUAGCAGUGCCUGCUUGGCAUGCUUUUGUGCUAACGGACAUAUCAUGAUAAUGAGCCUACCUAGUCUUCGCCCAAUGUUGGAUGUUAAUUAUUUGCCACUGACAGACAUGAGGAUAGCACGAACAUUUUGUUUUACCAAUGAAGGACAGGCAUUAUACCUCGUCUCUCCUACUGAAAUUCAGCGGUUAACAUACAGCCAAGAAAUGUGUGAUAAUCUACAGGACAUGCUAGGAGAUUUGUUUACUCCCAUAGAGACACCAGAAGCUCAAAACAGAGGCUUUCUCAAGGGACUGUUUGGUGGAAGCGGACAAACAUUUGACAGAGAAGAGCUCUUUGGGGAAGCUUCGGCAGGAAAAGCAUCCCGCAGCCUUGCGCAACACAUUCCUGGACCAGGUAGUAUAGAAGGGAUGAAAGGCGCUGCUGGAGGGGUGAUGGGAGAGCUCACCCGUGCACGGAUUGCACUUGAUGAAAGAGGACAGAGGCUAGGAGAGCUGGAAGAGAAAACUGCAGGCAUGAUGACCAGUGCAGAAGCAUUUUCCAAACAUGCACAUGAGUUAAUGCUGAAAUACAAGGAUAAGAAAUGGUACCAAUUCUGACUUCCAAAGAAGCUGUGACUGCUUUGAGAAACCAUAUUCAGGGAAACCAAAUUUAUUCCCAGCAUCACUAUUCAACUGCUAGAAGCCAGUUUCUUCUACAAAAUGUUCCAUUUACAGUCAAUCUGAAAUUUUCAUAAAAGAGAUGUAUCAGAGACACUGUGCAACCCAAAGGCUGGAGCCCUGGUUAAAAUCCCAAGAUAUGGCUGAAUUUGCCUUUUCCCAUGUGGAAUGGAGCUAUCAUCUUGGCAUGUCAUUCGAUAAGGAUUUAUAUUUAGUAACUACGGGGAGUCCUCUUGAUUUGAAAAUUCCUGUACAAACAAAAGCAUUAAUGCACUUAAUGAAAAAAAAUCUUUGCAUGAUAAAUUAACAUCUUAAGAGGAAAAGAAAAAAAAGCAUGUUGUGAUAGAAGAAAAAAAGAUUCAUGGUAAACUAUUUCUAUCAAUUGGGCCACACUCAACAAUUUUAAAAAUCUGCAUUUGAAGAUGUCAGUGCAUUUCAAAUAUAUUUGCCAUACCCAACUGAAAAGGAAAACAAAACAAAACAAGAACCCAGAGUUUUCUCCUCAUCUGUAACUUUCAUUGUACUAGAACCUUAUUGAAUUCUUAUGGCAAGAGUCUGAUUAAUGUUCUCUCUCCAUGUUUUACAUCAUUCACAGUUGUGUCAAAAUCAAAUAUUGCCAGUAUAGUAAAUUAUUCCCAACACAAUCAGUUUCAUUUCUAUCACCUUCAGAAUGGGUUGCUGUUUUUAGCACAAACCAUGCAGGGUUGGGUCACCUCAAAGCAUUUUCUUCAGCCUGGCUUGUACUCUAUAGGGGAGUUGGUAGUAGGUGUGGGGAAUCUAUAGGAACAAUAGAGUUAGCUAUGAGAACUGACUUCACAAAAAGGGAAAUUUCACACACCCCAAUUUCAGCUUCUAAAGUGAUAUAUUUUAAAAGCUUCAUUUGUAUCCUUGUCUGCCAGUUACACAGUAUAUUACUGUUCAAACCCAGUAGGGUCUGCAAUCGAAAGGUGCUCUUGCAGCCUGACAUUCACAAACCAAACUGGUCAUUCUCUUUAGUGUGAUUCAGUAAAAUCUCAGUUAAUGUUCUGGGAAAGGGAUUCUGAUUUAUGACAUUUCUGAUUUACAAGGGCUUUCCUUAGAAAAUACCUUUCGGUUUGAUACUUACCACUGGAAAUUGGUUCGAUACUUACCACUGGAAAUCUUUAUAAAAUAUAGUGAUCUGUUUGCUAUCUUGGUCUCAGUCAUCAUUAUAGACAACAGAAAUACAUAAAGAGUUUAAUGAUACAAAAUCAAUGCUUUUGUCCCUAGGUCAAAUAAUAUAAGCCACUAGAUUAUGUCAAUAGAUGCCAAACACCUGUCCCUUAUUAAAGACUCUUUUAAAGCUGGAAUAAAGAAUAUCCUUAACAUGAUACAAGGUAUCUAUAACUCACCAGAAAAGCACCAGAGUCAAAACCAAAUAGAGACACCUACUACCAUUUAACAUGAUUCUGGAAGUCAAAAGUUAUAGGAAUGUAUAUAUACAUAUUCCAGGACCCAUCCUGUAAUAUGUUGUUUCGUCACGAAAAGUUUUAAUUAUGGUUUUGGCUUAUUGAAUUUUUGUUUAUCAAGGUCUUAUUGGAUUUACAUUUGUGUUUCUUAAGACUUCACAAUUUUCCUGGAUUUCAGGUUAUUUUAUUAGCCAAAAAAUGGUAUUUUUAUUUCCUUUUUAGUCUAAUUUUUUGCUAGAAGUUGUACUUUCUAGCAAAUGUUUCUAGUGGUACAAUGUUCUCAGUAAUUUUGAGGAGAACAAAGAUGAGUGAAAGAGUUAGAUAAUGUACACUAGGAUAGCAUUUCUCAGAGUCCUUGAAUCCUCUUGUUAAAAAAGCCUCUCUGAAUCUCCCAGACUCCUGUGAACAGCCUUACGGUAACAGAAUCUGGCUUGGAAACACAGACAUUACAUGACUGUAUAAUUUAUAGAAUUAUAAAAUUAUAUGGUAAAAAUAUUAAAGAAACUUAAGAGUAGGAUCUAGAAAAUACUAGUGGCCAAAUUGCAAUGUAUUCUUUGUACCAUCUGUUUCAAAGACUUAGUUUUCUGAUUUUCAGAACAAAUACUUUAUCAUUUCUGUAUUUAAAAAAAAACUAAAAGAGUAAAAUAUUAGUUUAUUUUAGAAAUAAUGAAAUUCAGUCCAAAGUAGCAGUACAUUUGAUGAGUAUUUCUGAAGCUCUCAAUAAGAUUUAACUUGUUUUAACUUGAUCUACAUCGAGAUUUCUCAAUAGCAGCACUAUUAGCUGAAAGUCUUUGUUGUGGGGAACUGUCCUGUGUAUUGUAGGAUGUUAGCAACAUCCCUGGCCUCUGUCUACUAGAUGCCAGUAAGAACCUCCUAGUAAUGACAAUCAAAAUGUCUCCAGUCAUUGCCCAAAUUUCUCCCAGUUUACAGCCACGAUUCUACAUCAUACAAAGAGGUAGAUUGUGUGAAUAUGUAAUAUAUGUUGUUGUAUAAAACUGUACAAUAAGUAUACAAUGUCUUAGCAAGAUAAAUUAUUAUACCCAAAAUUACAUGUGUGGUUCAUAUGCAAUAAGAUACAAUUUUGAAGAAAGCUUAUAGGAAUCAGUGAAAAAUAACAACUACAGAAUAUUUUACGGCGCACAGAGAAAAUAUCAAAAAGGACAUUAUAGCAUUUCACUGUAGAAGUGCUUAAAACUUUGGCCUCAGUGAAUAGAUCAAAAGUUUAUAAUUAGCACACCAAUUGGAAGUAAACAGGUGCUUUUCAAAUGCUUGAAAAGAAAAGGCUCUUUGAAGUAGUUAAAACGUGUCUUUCAAAAUUGCUUUUAUAAGCCCUUCCUUAACGUAAGGGUAACUUCAUCUCACAAACUCCUGGUUAGUGGAAUCCAAAUUAAUGAGGUUUUACUGUAUCAAAAUUAUUUUUAUAAUUCAAAGAGAUGAUAGCAAUAAGAAGAAUCUAAUGUGGAUGUGAUUUUUCUCUUUGAACAAUUCUGUUCUGUUGCACUGACCUUAGCACGCACGCGCACACACACACACACACCAUCGCCACCACUACCAUCAUCAUCUUAUCCUCAUCUUUGGAAAAUAAGUACUGUUGAUCCAUGUAAUCCUUUGCAUAGUCUCAUCUUUACUAUCUUUCUUCUAUUUCGGAACAUAAGAAAAAUACUCCUAAUAACUUGGACAAUGAUACAGAAAGUGACUCUGAGCCUUAGUUACCAUCAAAAUUACAUUCUAUCUGCUAAAGCGACAUCAGAAGAUAAGGCUUGCAAACCACAGUCCCAACAAGUUGACCUUGUCUCCCUAUGAUUUCCUUGGAAGAUAAGGCCUUUUUAGUGUUACAGUAGAAAAUGGGCCUUUUCAUUUAUUCAUCUGUGAGAAGCUAGAGGUAUUUGUUUCCCUGAUAAUAACGUGAGCAAUAGUCCUUACCUUGAAAUCAUCCAUUAGUCUUGGAGUUUGGAGGGAGGAAUGAUUGAUUCCUCAUUUGUUUUAAUCACCUACAAAAGCAGUACUACUGACUUUGCUUCUUACACUUCACUGAGCCCCAGACUUUAGGGCCCCAAUCACUGUCAAGAUCAUUGUCUAACUGGAACUCUGAAAGGACAGUGACAGAACUGAAUGAGAUGUUUUCCAGUGAUUCAGUCACAAAGACAAUUUUCUCAAAUCUUUUGAAAGUGAUUCUCAAAUAAAUAAAUCAAAAUCCAACUCCUUUCCCUCAAAGUUUUUAGGGAUCUGAAGGAAAAGGUUUACUGUUGGAGUCCCUUUUUAUGUGACCCAUGUACCAGUUUUAAAGGCACCAUCUAUACUUUAUCUACAUGAAGGGAUCACCAUGACUUUGAGAGAAAAAAGAAUCAGAUUAGGCCUAAGAUUGGUUGAAGAAGAUUAAAAUAGAUUCUUAUAUUCAAGCAGAAGGGAAAAAUGAAGCCAAUCUAGAAAAGUAAGCUAAAAAUCCUCUCCUUGGCUUAGGAUCAUUGGGUCAAACUGGGAGUAUAUCUGUGUGAUUACAACCUGCUGCUAUGAGAAAAAAGAAUUGUAACUUGACCAUGUUGGCUCACACACGGCAAUGCAAAAGAAGUCAAAACAUUCAUAUCAGGUCUUGGUCUCUGUGUCAGGAGAAACAUGGUGGCUUUCACAGCUUCUUCACCUCUGUCCUCUGUCAUGCAACUCCAUUUUUGGCUAGGUACUAUUUCACAUGCACACUGUCCUGGGUGCCAGAAAUACUUGUGGUGUACUUGGUUUGAGCAGUACCUCUAGUAUGCACCAUUCCAGGGAACAUGGUUGUCAACAUAACAAGUUUAGUGUGUGUAUUUGCAGACAACAUAGCCCUGAAAGCAUGAAAUGUAGAAUAGGUAAGGUCUGUCUUAGAAAAGGAGGAGGAAGUACCAAUUUGGUGCAAGAAGAUCGUGGUGAGGAAGGACAUGGGAGCCACAGUGAAGUGAAAGAGGCUUUAAGGAAUCAGAUGCACAGAUGGAUGCUUUGAUUUACACAUUUAUCUAGAGGAGUGAUUCUCAACCUUGACUGUACAUAAGAAUCACCUCAGGAAAUUUUUAAAUUCCCAAUUAUAUUAAAAUCAUUUGGAGUGGGAACCAGACACCAAUAUUUGUGAAAGCCUCCAAGGCGGUUCUAAUGUCCAGCCAAAGUUGAUUAUCACUGCUUUAUGGCCAACUAAGGAAACCUUGUUUGUCUGCCUUGGCUGGUGCUCCAGCCCCAGUUCUGAGUGGUCAGGGAAGGCAAGAUGUAAGAUAUAGUAAUGGUAUUUAUUCUGUAUGUCUCACAGAACAAAAGCAUUUGAGAAUUUCUGACCAGGCAGUGCUCCAUCAACUCUUAAUAACCAUCUUUGUGAUAUUCUCCUAUGUGACUUGUCCAUCAAUUAUUCCAAUUCAAAGGUCUAGGUUUUUUUUCAAUUGUCUUACACAUGUGACAUCACAAGAUACCAGAAGUAGCACAGUAAAUUCAACAGCAUAUAAAGCUAAGUGGAAAACUAAUUCUUCAUAUUUAGACAGUGGAAAUUCUCAAAACAAUCAUUUGCUAAAUUAGGUCCAAAUUUAUUAUUCAUUCUUCUUCUGGAGGAGACAUGGGUACCAGGUACCUGUUCUGCUGUAGGUAUAUUUCACUGGACUUGGCCUUAGCAAAAUGGGAGAACAAAUCUUCCUUUUUGAUUGUUAUCUCAAUCAAAAGCUCCCAGGGCCACUUGGAUUUAUUUUCUUAGUCUUUGGACAUGUGUUUAAAGGAAAAGAAUACCUGUAACUUCCUAUAUGACAUCCAGUGCCCUGAAAGGGUGCUUACACCUUCAAAAAAGGAGAGUCCAGCCUAUCAAAGGCAGUAACACAUAAUGAGAAGAAACUCAGAGUUAUCGCCUCUCAUACUGCUUUCCCUCUGCUGUUGGCCCACCCUUCUUGACUGCAAAGCCAGAAAAUAAACUAGAUGGUGGUUUUGGACAAUUGUACACAGGAACAGAACCUCUAAUAACCUAUAAUUUUUAGUACUUAAUUAUGUGAUGUUUUAUUCUAGGAAAUAAGAAACAGAUGACAUCAUUGAUGUAUCUUUCUUUCAUCUUCAGAAUUUUUGCAUCUUUUCAGAAAAUGACAAAUUACUAUUUUUCUGUUGCACUCAGCAAUUGUGACUAUACUUAACAAAAUUCUUGUAGUCUGUAGAGAUAUCAAUAAAAUUGUAUAUGUUUGUACAUA